UUUUUUUUGCAUUUUAGAGAAGAUGAUGUCAUCCUUUUAUUACUGCACUUGUUCAUUUUUGCUCAUCACCUUCAGCUUACUCCUAAUUGUUUGCGAAGCACAAAAUGGUCGCGGCCUUCUACCUGAAGAAGAAAAGAAUGCUCUGAGAGAAAUAGGGGAGCAGUUAGGGAAAACUGAUUGGGAUUUUGAUGUGAAUCCUUGUGAUGAGAGCACGAGCUGGACUACACCAGGAACGGAUGAUUUGUCAGUGUAUGUGAGCAAUGUAACCUGCAAUUGCGAUACCCCUAAUGGUUCCUGUCAUGUACAAAGCAUAUUACUCAAAGGACAAGAUCUUGCUGGUGUUCUUCCUCCAUCCCUGGUGAAGUUACCCAAUCUCACCAAAAUUGAUCUCUCAUGCAACUAUUUGAGUGGUACAAUUCCCCCUGAAUGGACAUCUAUGAAACUGGAAUAUAUGUGAGCACGCUGCACCUGAACCACUU